AUGUUCUUCAUUUGGCAGUCAGGCGAGGUGCUCAUGCUAAGGACAAUCUGUUGAUUCAAAUCGAGUUAUGGACUCCACUGUGUCAAAGCAGCUUGUCGACAAAAUCUACGAGAAACGAAAAGCUGCUGCCCUUGAACUCGAGAAGCAGAUACGAGAAUGCCACCAACAAGGAGAUGACCGACGCAUUGCCCAAAUCAUUGACCAGCUCAUUGACAUGCUCAGCAACCCCUCUAACCCUUUACACGUGCGCAAUGGAGGAUUGAUUGGUUUGGCGGGAACAGCAAUUGCUCUGGGGGUCGAAGUAGCCCCGUAUAUGGACAAGUUCAUAUACCCUCUUCUCGAUUGUUUUGUGGACCCAGAGAAUAGGAUCCGGUAUUUCUCAGCGGAAUGCCUAUAUAACAUUGCGAAGGUUUCCAAGGGCGAAAUUCUGGUUUAUUUCAAUGAAAUAUUCGAUGCGCUGAGCAAGUUAGCUGCGGACUCCGAACUCUCGGUCAAGAAUGGGGCGGAACUCUUGGAUAGGCUGCUGAAGGACAUUGUGGCGGAAUCUGCAUCAGUAUACAUUCCGAUCUAUCCAGAACCCGAGAAACUGCGGGAUGAUAAUCAUGGAGUGCUGGUCCCCCAUCCCGUUCCGGGUGACGAUGGACAUGGAACACCCAAGAAAGCGUUCUCCUUGGCCCAUUUCAUUCCUCUCCUCCGCGAACGAAUAUACGUUGUCAGUCCUUUCACAAGAAGCUAUCUCGUGUCGUGGAUCACUGUGUUGGAUUCAGUGCCUGAAUUGGAACUUAUCUCAUAUCUCCCAGAGUUUUUGGACGGCCUUCUAAAAUAUCUUUCUGAUCCUACGGACGAUGUUAGGGUGGCUACUGAGGUUCUUCUUGCCGAUUUUCUACGAGAGAUACGCGAAGUGUGCACGUUUAAGACGCGUAUUGAAGAAGCUAAGCCUUCCAAACGCGCUGGAGAAGAUUCUAUCCCCCGUACCAACAGUGAGAAAGGUCUAGAUGUGGAUCAAUCAGAACGAGCAGUAUUCUUGGACGGAAGUGACACUCGUCCAAACUAUGAAAACGAGCCGAGGGAUGAUUACGGUUCAGACUUCGAUAUCAGAGAUACCGGUGCUUGGAUUCCCGGGCAAGGCGUGAAGAUGGAUUUUGGGUCUAUCAUUGAGAUACUGAUCCAACAACUCGACGGAGAACAUGCUGAGAUACAGCAAUCUACAGCCCUUCGUUGGCUUGCGGAGUUCCUAACGUUUGCUUCGGAUGUCUUGGUCCCCUUCACUCCACGGCUACUCCCGGCUAUCCUGCCUAAUCUCGCACAUCACGAUCCUAUGAUACAAUCAGCGGCCAUCCGUACCAAUAAACUACUUCUCUCUGUUAUACAGAACCUACCAUCUCCUCCACCAGACAAACCAAGAACACAAGAUAAACCACCUGCUUCACGCGCCCAGGCUUCCCCCACACCCACAGCGAACACGUCACGACAAUCUACCUCAGGAAAGGAGUCCAAAGAAGUAUCUUCACCGGAGUCACCCGCUGACGUUAAUCCUCCUGUCCCCCUAGUAAGACCGAGAGGAAGUGGUACCGAUCUAAGUACAAUUCCAGCCUCUGACGCAAGUCGGCCGCACUCCCCCAUAUCAUCUCUCAGCCACUCUGGGCAAUCUCAUGUGCUCCAGUCCUCGGUUUUCGAAGAGCCCGAUCCUUUUGACUACCAGGCCACCGUUAAUGAGCUCACGGUCCAGUUUCUGAGCGAAUUUGAGGAGACCAGAGUUGCAGCUUUAAAGUGGCUAAUUAUGCUCCAUCAGAAAGCUCCCAAGAAGAUACUGGCUAUGGAUGAUGGCACCUUCCCCGCUCUCCUGAAAACUUUAUCGGACAACUCAGAGGAGGUUAUCAAACAUGAUUUGCAGCUGCUCGCACAAAUAUCUUCGAGUUCAGAAGAAAACUAUUUCAAAGCCUUCAUGAUCAAUCUUCUCGAGUUGUUUAGCACCGAUAGGCGACUACUUGAGAAUAGGGGUAGCUUUAUCAUCCGACAACUAUGUCUGAACUUGAACACGGAACGGAUCUAUCGUACAUUUGCUGAAAUCUUGGAGAAAGAAGAUGACCUUGAAUUUGCUAGUGUUAUCGUACAGAAGCUGAACAUGAUUCUCAUUACCUCUCCAGAGCUUACGGAUUUCAGGAAGAGAUUGAAAAGUUUGGAAACGCGGACGGACAAGCGCUGUUUACAACGUUAUAUCGGUCGUGGUGUCACAAUGCUGUUGCAGUCUUUUCUUUGUGUCUCCUUGCUCAAGCUUACGAACACGCCUCGAAUUUACUCUCCUUAUUUGCGGAUUUGGAGGCGAAUGUACAAAUGCUCGUUCAAAUCGACAAGCUUGUACAACUUAUUGAAUCCCCUGUUUUCACUUAUAUCCGCCUACAAUUACUGGAACCCGAACGCUACCCGUAUUUAUUCAAAUGUUUGUAUGGGUUGCUCAUGCUCCUACCGCAGAGUUCAGCCUUCAUAUCUCUUCGAAAUCGAUUGAACGCUGUAAACUCCGCAGGAUUUCUGCACAUCGCUCCACGAUCUCGACUUGAAAGCCCCGUGGGACAGCUUUCCUC